GGCUGAACGAUCCAGCUGUGGUCACGUGAGCAGUGUGGCGGCAGCUGUGGUUCCCGUGCUGUGGCUCGGUUCCGCUUCGGAGUGUGACUAAACAGCGUCAGCUCGCCCCAAGCCGGCGGCCGGAGUCCGGGUCGAACCGACGGCACGGAGCGCCGGGAGGCGGCGGGCUGGCCGCCUGGGACCAAGCCGCGCCGCGGGGCCUCACCGGAGCCAUCUUCGUGUUCUCGGCAGGCACGUUCGACCCCCGCGGUCGCUCACGGGUCUCCGACGGCCGCCGCUCACGGGGAUUCCUGCCGUCACAGCCAGGUUGCGGGCCCAAGAUGGCGGCGGAGGCUGCGCAGUACUGGCGGAGGUGACGUGACUGCGGAGGACGCCGCGUGCGCUGUUGUUUGCCUCCCACCAUUAAAGACCCUCCGCGGCCAGGUCGACCACCGAACCCGAACAACGGAUCCACGGAGCCCCUCGGAAGCGCCCGGCGCGCGGGGGCGGACACAAGGAUGCUGUCCUGACCUGUCGUGCAGAUGAAUAAACUCCAGGAUCCUCGUUGGACCUGUUCAUGGCUUCUAAGAAGAAGCAGAAAAACAUGGUGUUCCAUCAGGAAAGGGCGACCACCCCUGCAACAGCAACCGCUGCCAGCAGCCCCCCUUUGUCAUGGUGCGUCACCCCGAAACCCGGGAAGGCGAGCGAAGGCGGGGUGGAGCAGGCCGUCAGGAGGGGCACUGAGCAGAAACAUCCUGCCAGCAUGAAGCCUCAGUCGGACACUCUGCCACCGGAGAACACCUGCGGGGGCAUCACAGUGACCCUGGAGAACCACAGCAUGUGGAACGUGUUCUUCAGAUGUGGAACAGAGAUGAUUCUGACCGAACAAGGCAGCAGGAUGUUCCCCUACUGCCGCUUCCGCAUCUCCGGCCUGCAGCCAUCCAGGAGGUACGCUCUGCUGAUGGACGUCCAGCCGUUAGACAACAGUCACUACAGAUGGACCGGCAAGAACUGGCAGGCUGCUGGCAAAGGAACGCGGCAUGUAAAGAGUCAGCCUUUUGCUCAUCUCGAGUCCCCGGCGACGGGCCAACACUGGAUGCAGAGUCCGGUGUCCUUUUACAGGAUGAAGCUCACGAACAACGUCUCAGACCGAGACGGGAACACUAUCCUGCAUCCGAUGCACCGCUACCUGCCGCGGCUGCACGUGGUCCAGACAGACAAAGCUGCUAAAGACAUAAAACUGAGCGAUCCCGGUGUCAUCACCUUCUCAUUCCCCCAGACUGAAUUCAUGGCGGUCACGGCCUAUCAGAACGCUCGGUUUGUUCAGCUGAAGGUCGACUACAACCCGUUCACUAAGGGACUGAAGGAGGACGUGUCUGGUUCAUGGGGAGGAAAACUGAAAGCGAGCUCUGGGGAUCCGCUGCAUAAACAAGGAGGAUUGGCUGAGCAGGUCCCUGUGAAGGAGAGCCUGAGGUCUUUGCUGGCAAACCACAAACCUCGAGCCUCCAAAGCAGCGGAGUCCAAGCCUUCAGUGCCCGCAGACCUCAAAGACAGCUCCACUACAAGCAGAGAGCCGCCUGCUGCCGUGGCCCCCGGGCAGGUUUUGGGCAGCGUCUCACGUCCAGCUCAGAAGUUGUUCUCGGAGCUGAUUCGUGAAGCUCACGUUUCGCUGCAGAGAUGCAACCUGGAGCAGCUCGGCAUCAGUCACAGCGGCUCUCUCAGAGCAGAGCAAACCAACACUAAGAACUCGAGUUCGAAAGCUAAAGGACGAGAAGCCCUUAAAGACAGUACAUCUGUUAAAGCACCUCCAGGGAAAUGUGAAAUAAGGACCAUUAAGGACGACAGGCUGAAUUCACUGGACUGUAACGAUGGCGUUGGGACGGGUGGUCCUGGUUGUGGUCGUGCUGCUCCAGAAGGAUCCCAGAGCUCCUCUGAGGACUUGGAGCACCGACCUAACCCAGACGCUACAACAGAGACGGCCACGAAGACGCACAAGCGGCCGGCCCGGCUGCCUCUGCCAGCGCUCGCUCUCUUUCUGAGGCAGCACUCUAAGAAGACGAAGAACAAACCGGACUCUCUGGCCCCUCCUCCUGAGCGCCUGUCCGUAUUGGCCAGUUCUGCUGCUUCUUUUGCACGUCCGCUCUGGGAAGGUACCGCCGGUGCAGCACAUCCCUCCAAGGAUGUCGGCAGCCUGAAGCCCGACCUCACGACCUCCGGAUGUACAGAUCCUCUAGCUGACGUGGUUUUUAAUGUCUCUGGACAAACGGCGUCUCCUCAGCAGCCCGGUCCAGCUGCUGCACAUCUGCUGGCUCCAAGAACUGACGACCGCUCGGCUCGCGUGUCCGAAAGCCCGGGCCCAGAGCCGAGAGGCCCAGAGCCGAGAGGCCCCGACAGCACCCAAGUGUUACCCGGCUUGAACCAGCCAUUCUGCACCCUCGGGGCGUCUCUUACUACCUCUUCACCGCCUCCUGCUGCCCCCCCGCCCCUCCACACAGUGUUAUGUUCUCCAAACUCACCACAAACACCACCUGAAUCAUCGACACCACCUUUAGACUCCCCCACCCUGAGGUCUUCACUCCCUGACCCAGAGUGUUCGUCCUUCGGCUAUGAGCCGAUGUCUCCUGCGAGCUCUCCAGAACCGUUACCUCACCUGCCGGCCUCGAUCGCUUUAGAGCUCGACUCCGCGGCCUCUGAAGCGCGCGACGCAGCAGGACCUCCCGAAGACUCGCAGGACACCGAAGACCCGUCUGUGUUUAAAUGGCAUACAGUGUUACCUCCACCCGAGUCCUUCGUAGACACCUCAUUCACAACAUUUCAGCCUCCACAGACAUUACCUGAGGACCCCGAACCACAGAGUCCAAACGCCUCCAUGCCUGCUCCUGAUCCUCCGCCAUCUUUCCCAGAGAGCGAGCAGUCGCUGCCCUUCCCCGCAGAGCUUUCCCCGCUCGCCCUGCAACUGCCUCUGUCGCCAACCUUCUCGUCAAUCGACGCCGACGGACUCUCUCCCACGCCUUCACUCGCUGACCUCGUGCAGUUUUUGUCCACUGACGUCGACCUCGGGAUGGGGGUGGAGUUUUCGAGCACCGAGGCGGCGGCUGUUCCCUGCUUACCUGUGACGGAAACGCACGAACCUUCUCAGCAGGUCCAGCCGCUCCCAGCCAGAAAACCCUGCAAGCGAAAGAAGAAGGAGGUUCGGCAGCGAAGGCUCGGCAAGAGCGAGGUGGAGCAGGAGGUGGACGACUCCACCUACGGGAGCAUGCAGCCGAACCUGGAGGAGGUGGAGGAGCAGUUGUUCAUCUCUUUCACUUCAAAGGAGGCUCUGAAGCUCCACCUGGCCGACUCCUCCGACAGGCCGGCUCCACGGCCCGCACCUGACGGUCAAAGAGCUGCAGACUCACCUGAGGGCGGUGACCGGCUGGACAUGAGCGAUGAACGAAGCUUAAACCCGUCCAACCCCAAAGCAGAGAGUCUGGCAGAGACGAUCGCUUCCUUCCAGAAGAUUCUGCUGAGAGACCUGAAGCUCAUGAAGCACAGGCAGGUCAUCCACCCUGUGCUGCAGGAAGUCGGUCUGAAGAUGAACCUGCUCGACCCGUCGCUCGCCAUUGACCUGCAGUACCUGGGAGUCCGCCUGCCCUUCCCCCUGCCGGGCGCCAGCAUGGAGCCGCUGUCGACGUCUCAAGGUGUUUCUGCUGCGUUUGUGUCCCGAACAGGAAAAACCACCGACGUCACUCAGAUUAAAGGUUGGAGAGCGAAGUUCACGUUGUCUGAGACUCCGCCCACACCUGCAGCCUGCAGACCUGAAGCUGGUUCCAGUUCAGAGCCGCAGAAGAAGAACCUGUCGGCGUUCUGCAGCGACAUGCUGGACGAGUAUCUGGAGAGCGAGGGGAAGCUGAUCGACGAGCGCGCCGCCAGCUUCUCCCAGCCGCCGGUGGAGCCGCUGGUGUACGAGCUGCCCACCAGGAGCACCAGCUACGUCCGGACCCUGGACCACGUCCUGAAGAAGCAGACCGCCGACCCCGCCUCCUCUGACCUCAUCUCUGGGUUCGUUCCCCCCUCCAAGAGGCCGCACUUCAAAGAGCCUAAACCAGGCCGGAGGAGGCAGAAAGGUUGUAAACAGAGCAAACUCAGACCAGAACCUGCAGCUGGUCCUGAACCCAGUCAGCUGGAACCUCAGCAGCCUGCGGGCCACGCCCCCUCAGCGCCGCCAUCACGCCCAGAUUCAAACCCCAUCAAGAGGCGGAGGAGGCUCAAACCCAGGACCUCAUCUCAGACCCUCAGCCCCUCUAGGGCCACAGUGCCGGUUAUGUCCAGGGACCUGGCCCCGCUGGAGUCGGACUCUGAGCUGGGGGGCGGGCAGAGCGAGGACGGCAGCAGGAGUCGGCGCCAGCCGAUGACCCGGGCUCUGCAGAAACAGAAGGUCCUGGAAGACGGCGCCGUGUGGGAAGGCCUGCGUCGGACCAGCAUCACUACGGAGAGGGCCACCAUCGCCCUCACGUCCCUCUUCACUCAGACGGGUUUCGUGAGCGAGAACCCGACGGCGCCGAUCCAGCUGAGCCGCAGACGAGCGCCGCCGUGUCUGAACGAGUUCUGCCGGCUGGGCUGCGUCUGCCUUGGCCUCUCCCGCGACUCCAGGCUCAGCCACUGCGGCCGGCCGGCGUGCAUGUUCGGCUGCAGCUGCCUCAAACAGAAGGUCGUCCUCCUCAAGAACCUGGACGGGUCCGACUCCAGCCCCUCCCACCACGGGAGCAGCAAGAAGAAGAGGAGGAUGAAGAUGGCCUACGUUCUGAAGGAGGCGGACAGCGUCUCCCAGCCUGCCGCGCGGGUCCGCACUCUGUGGAGGAGGGAUCCCGGGCGCUCGGACCCAGAGCCGGUGCGCAUGCCUGAGGCGGCUCCACAGACCCGCCCUGCGAAGGGCCGAGACGAUCACCGCAGCUGCGCCAGAGUCCGAGGAUACUCCAGGAAGAUCCGGAAACAGAAGGUGAAACAGACUCCGUCUGUCCACCGGGAGGCAACCAAAGGCGCCGUGCGAGCCGAUCGGCCGAACAAGGUGAAAAAGCUGAAGAAGAAGCCUCCUGCAGGUGAAGCCCUUCAGGCUCCGCCUCCUCCGAGUCCUCCUGCUGAGCCGACGCCGACGCCGUCGAAGCGUCUCUUCAUCAGGGCCGACUUUAAGUGGAAGAGCGAGGCCGACCGCACCCUCGUGCUGAUGGAGCUGUGCGAGGCGAUGGCUCAGAACCGGCUAGAGCACCCAUUCUGGAUCAAGAACUUCCUCAUCCAUCCCACCGGCCAGUCUGUGGAAGGCAGCGGCGCCGAGCGCUGCGUCCAGUACCACGUCAAGAUAUCCAGAUCUGCGCUGAAGCCGAGGAAAUCGACAGCGCCGCGCAGACAGGUGGAUGCAGCACGGGUGGGCAGGAAGGCGGAGCCUCUGAAGGAACGUCACAUGAAGAAGGAGCACAGAAUGCAGGAGGCGGAGCCUGUGGAGGACUGGCAGAGGGAGGUGGAGGAAGGUGACAUCACAGAGGAGGAUGGCUUCACGGAUCAACAGGUGGACGAUUGGACAGAGAGCAGUGGACAGGAAGUGACGUCAGAGGCGAAGGUCAACAUGGCUCUGCCUUUCCUGACGGGAAUCUCGCCUGCCGGCUUCCUCUCAGCCAAUAGGAAAGCGCCGGGAGGAACGGACCAGCCAAUCCAGGUGAACGGGAAGCUCUACCCGCUGGCUAAGAUCCAGCUGGGGAGGAUGGGGGCGCUCCACCCGGCCAACCGGCUGGCGGCCUACCUGACGGGACGGGUGAGCUCAUCCCGUCUGCAGCAGCCAUCUCGGCGACCCCCCUCCUCCACCUCUGCUCGGAGGUCGGGGCCGACGCCUCUCGCCGUCUCCUCAGCUGUGGUCUCUGACCUCGCUGCGACCUCUGACCUCGCUGCGACCUCUGACCUCGCUGCGACCACCACAAGCGCAGCGGCCACUACAGCCUCUCCCACUGUCACCACCACUGCUUCCUCUCCUGUGACCCCACCCAGAGCGGUCCCGCCGCUCACCCUCCUGACCUCCAGCACAGAGUCUCUGUCCAGCAGCUCGCCAGCGCCACCUGUUAAUCCGUCUCCGGGCACAGCGACCCCUAAAGCCCCUCAGGUAGUGCUGAUUAAGGUCCCGCCUUCUCCUGGGACGCUUCCUGUCGUGGCCCCUCGCCCUCCGGGCCCCGCCCCCGGGUCUCAGAGGAUGCUCCUGAAGCCGGUCCAGAUGGUUUCCGGCGUCCAGUUUUACCGCCGACCCGACGGGAAACUGGUCAAGCUGGUGCCCGUCAGCCAGCUGAGGGCGGUCACGCCCACUUCGCCUGCACAGACAGGUCCCUCCUCCUCCUCGCUCCGCUCCCCUGCGACCCACACAGUCAGACCCCAGGCUCCGCCUCUGCCCUCCUCGCCGUCCCUGAGCUCUGGCUUCCUGUCUCAGAAGGGCACCUGUACCUUUAAGAUCCUCCCUGCCGACUCCAGCCUGGACCCCAUCAUCGUCACCUGUGCCAAAGCCCCGCCCAAGACCCCGCCCAAGGUGCUGACGGUGCCAGGCUCCUUCACCCUGCUGCAGACACACCCCUCCACCCCCCCCGUGACCCCAGUGAAGCUCCUGUCGCUCAAAGCCCCCGUGCCUCAUGGCGCCGAGAAGGGCGUCGAAGCUGCAGCGGCACCUGUGGUCGCCACGGGAGCAGGGGGGCUGAUCUUCAAAUGUACGCCACCUCAAAUCUCGCCCACCAUCCAGAUACCCUCAGAGGGCGAUCCCACAUCCCCGCUUUCGUUAGGGUCGAAGGUCAUGCCCGCGCCAUCGCCAGGUCCUGAACCUGAGGCGGCUCGGGACCCGGAGGAGCUGGACAUCAUCUGCGUGGAUGACAAGCCACAUGUUACCAUGGAGACACAGUCAGGAGAGGUGACGUCAAGCAGCGAGACGGAAAACUCGUCAGACUUCAGAGAGUCAGAGAGCGACGACGAGAGGGCGCCGCUCGCCAACAACACGGUAGGAAGGCGAACAGGAAACACACAACGAGUGGUCUGCUUGCAGGCGGUGGAGGUGAUCCAGGAGCUGAGGAGGAAGGAGUCACAGCUGAAGAGGAAGAAGAGGAGGCUGAGGAGGAGGCGGGACGAGUACCUGUGGAGCAUCGCGCCGUCAGCAGAUCCGAUCAAACCAACAGCAGCAGUGAUGGCGGCGGCGCCUUUGGAUGAGCCGACAGUUAUCUCAUCAGAUGAAGAACGAGUGGUUGUCACGGACAGCGAUGUGGAGCAGGAAGGUGAUGAAGGUUGGGGCGUUGCCAUGGAGACGGUGGGAGUGAACAGUUGGCUGGCGAGGAAGAGGAGGAGCUCAGAGCUGAAGGAGGUGACAGCUCCUCGCGCCGGCUCCGCCCUCCUCGCAGCUCUCAGAUCGGCCACGAGCAGCUCAGACUCUCCUCAGGAGCUACUGCUGGAGCAGGCUCGACGCGAGAUCGAGGCGCUGCAGUCGGAGAUGGAGGACCUGAAGAGUCUGAGGACGAGUCUGACGCAGCAGAGGGACGGACACGUCAGGGACAUCUGCAGCAGAACAGGUGAGGUCGACAACAUUACCGCGACGACAGCAGCCCAACAGAAGUCCACAGAUGCCCCUCCUACUUCUGUUUCUGCCCCACCCACUCCUACACCUGUCCAAGUGUCAUCGGCCCACAAUGCACCUGUGGACACGAAGCGUUCGAGGACUAUUCCAAACAUCCUGUCUCGCAGUAAGACUCAGGCUCCGCCUCCAUCUGUGAUCACAAAGGCCGCAGAAGGUAAUCCUCCAGGUGACCCGUCGUCCUUUCAGAGUCUCGUUCCAGCUGAUCUUCUCUCUGUGGUCGGGGCACCGUUACCCAGGCAACCAGUCCUGACCCUGAAUGCCGUGAGAGCGGGUUCGAUGGUGCUGCAGCCGGCGCCGUCUCCAGGCUUGACCUCAGUCACCCUAAACAUUCCCACUCUGACCAGUCAGCAAAUCCACCUCACCCCACUGCUCUGCCCACCGGCCAGGCCCCUCGCCGUCACCAACCUGACAGGCUCCAGCCUCAGCGGCGUGCUGAAACUCAUUCAGACCAACACGCAACAGCAGGCUCCGCCUCCAACCCAUCAGCUGCUCCCUGGUCUUCCGGCUCCGCCUCUAGAGGUCUGCGAUGCUUCAUCUGAGUCCUCAGAUCGAAUCGUACACCAGGACCAGACUCCGCCCCUCGGUGAGGUCAGACCUGCAUCCUGGUCGUAUGACAGCCAAACAGAGGAGAGAGAGGCGGAGCCUGAGAGCAGGGGCGAGAACAAGAGCCUGCCGUCGCUCCUCGAUGAGUUGGUCUUCCUUAAUCAGCAGGUGGGAAAACACCAGGACGCCGCAGCGGUGGAUGGCGCUGACGAGGAGGGACACACCCACAGCCCCUGGAUGCUGCAGCUGGACUCAGACUCUGACACAGAUGGGGUUGGGCCUAACCUCGAUACAGAAACCAUGUUGACCACUCCAGGCAGUCCUAAAGGAGGCGUGCUGGCCCCGCCCCCUCUGCUGCAGAUGAAGGUGGGAGGAGCCAAAGUGGCAAGCCCAGGCAACAUGGAAAGAGAGGGCACAGUGGCAGCGGGAGAAGAGGGGCAAGGGCACAGGGGCGUGGCCUGGAGGCCGAUGCCGAGGCUGGUUCCUCUGGGAUUAAGAGGAAACGCCCCCAGCUGACAUCACACCGCAGAAAUAAUGAUGUCACAGCAGCUGCACCUUCCUGGUUGGGUCCUGAUGGGGAAAAAAGAAAACCAUGACUGAUUGUGGCGCUUCCAUGGUAACAGUCAGUUAUCGUUUGGGGAUUACUAAAGAUCAAUAUUCAGGUAUUGAUUGGUUUGGAACAGGGCGACGUGUCCUGGUUUUCCGACGCGCUGACCGGAAAAACGCAGACGCUGCUUCUGAAAAAUAUGGAAGUGCCUUAAACCUGCGUUCUACCUGACAGCCACCAGGGGGCAACGCUGCAGUUCUGUCCUACAGAAGUCUGCAGCACAACGCUGCUCUGACCUCUGACCUCUGUACACGCUUCAUGCUGAGUUCAUGUAUCUCAAUCAUGUCUUUCAAAAUGGAGGAUCAGCUGUGGUGUUUUGUUGAUUGCUCAUUGGCUAAUGACUCGUCAGUCACGGGUCAGACCCGCCCCUCCUCCUCGCAGCUAAGAUCGUGGGGAUUUCAGUUUUUAAAAAUGUCUGUUGAACCUGUCACACCUGUCUUUGAAAGAGUUUCUGUAGCAUCCUGUUUUCAGUGGCUGCAUUCAGAGAAACUUGAUGGCGUGCUGAGGAAGAAGAAGCGCUGUCGCCACAGAAUGUUCUGAUGUUGCGUUCAAAUGUCUUCCUGUUUGUAUCGGUGUCAGGUGAGCCGAGAGACGCCUUCACAGGUUGCAAGUUCAUGUCUGAGAGUGGCGUCCACGUCACAAAGAGAGCGCAUUCGGGCUACUCGCCCCCAAACGUUCAAACUUUAUUCUGAAGGUCCAGCUAUUGUUUCCUGCUUUUAUUUUUUUAUUUAAAGGAACUUUGUGAAAGCUGUCAGUGUCUCACCAGGUGGAAUGUUUCAGUUUCUUCAUGUUUUGCAGGAAAAACGCAGUCAUCACAGGGGACUCACCUGGACUCACCUUUUCUUUUUCUUAAUGACUUUUUCUACAUGUUUACCUCAGCUGUCCUAACAGCUGGAAGGAAAACAGGUACCAAUAAAAGUUAAAUAUUUGAGUCUGCAUCCUGCUUUUAUUCAA